AUGGACGCGGCCGACGCGCCCCCGACGCCGAUGGACGCGAUCCAUCCCACGCUCUCCAGCGAGCCGCUCACGGGCGAGGCGAGCACCGUCGCGCACAUGGCCCCCUACGUCACGGACCCCGCGCAAUUCCUCCUCAACAUGCCCACGGACAAGCCGUUCACGACGCACGUGCCGGCCUCGCUGUUUGACGAGUGCGUCGCGGUACUGAAGCGCACCGUGCAGUGGCGCGUGUCGUCGACGCGCUACAAUGGCGCGCUGCCGCACGGACGGCGAUACGCGUGGCGAAAGCACUACGUGUGCGACCACUCAGGCAAGCCACGAGACCGCCGCAACCCCAACCUGGCGCCAGGCAAGCGGCGAUCGCGGCGCGCGUCGAUCAAGAUCGGGUGUCCCGCCUCGUUCACAGCGACGCAGGAGGUCGGGAGCGACAUGGUCGUGAUGGUGUGUCGCUUCCAACACCAGGGGCACACGGUCAACACGCGCGAGUACUGGGCGAACAGCCGCAUCCCCGACAAUGUGCGCGAAUGGAUCAAGGAGCGCGUCGUCGAAGGACACGACCAGAAGGAGAUCGUGCAGAUGAUCCACGAGCACCAGCGCAAUGCAGCCAACAUACCCCCCACGAGCCCCACGUUCAUCCCGCCCGGCGUCCAGAUCACACGCAUGGACGUGUACAACAUCAUCAAGCGCUACAAGAACCUGCAUGCCUCCGAGCACGGCACGCCGACCAAGCCAUCGGCGCCGCCGCCGCCCCCACCAUCCGCCAGCCACGACGCAACGCGACUCCCACUCGCCCUCGAGACGCCCGCCAGUGCCUCCGAGUCCACACUGCCCCUGUCCUCGGAUACCCGCCGCCCCGUCGAUGCCCACGCGCUGGGACACACCGCCGCGGCCGCCGCUGCUGCCUCAUACCCCCUCUUGCCGGCAGCAGCCGCUGACCUAUCGCCCGCGACGCCCGAGGAAGCCGUGAGCUUCGCCCAGCAGUGGAGCGAGCUCGUGGCCAACCUACAGGCCCUCCAGCCCCAGAUGAUGGAGUAUGCCCUGACGGCCGGCACGACACGCCACCCCAACACCACGGGCGCAUGGUCGCAUGCCAUUGCGCAGCUCACGCAGGCAUGGUACGUCGCCUGCCACUUGCUAGAACGGCCCGGGCUGCCCGCCCCGACGCCCCCGCCGCCCUAA